UACUCAGCAGUGCAGAUAAUACGCUUAGCCCGGCUUGUUGUCACACACAGAGCUGUCACUGGGGCUCAUCUGCGGCCGGCAGAUCAGGAAGUGUUCACACAGCACAGCCGCAUAGGGCAAGUCGCAGGUUGACUUGUGGAAGAUGUUGCUGGGAAUAUACUGUGUCUGACGGGAACUUAUUAUGAUCGAUCCCUCUGCCAGGAGUAAGUGAUGGCUGUAAAGUGCAACGAGGACUGGAUGGGCGCUCUGCCAGUAUCUCUAUGGGCAAUGCCACUGUCCAACUUGGCAAUACCAGGAUCACAUGACUCAUUCAGUUAUUGGGUUGACGAAAAAUCUCCUGUUGGACCCGACCAGGCAACAUCAAUCAAACGUUUAGCAAAAAUCUCCUUGGUAAAGAAACUUAUGAAGAAAUGGUCUGUUACCCAGAACUUAACUUUCAAGGAACAACUGGAGUCAGGUAUUCGCUAUUUUGACCUGCGGGUAUCUUCUAAGCCAGAGGAAGCUGAAAUGGAGAUCUACUUCAUACAUGGCUUGUUUGGAAUUAAAGUAUGGGAUGGACUGACAGAAAUUAACACUUUCCUAACAAACCACAGCACUGAAGUUGUUUUGUUAGACUUUAACCACUUCUAUGCAAUGGAACAUACACAUCAUUUGUAUCUUGUGAAUAUGCUGCGGGAGGUGUUUGGCAGCAAACUCUGUAUAGCUGACUGUGUUGAAAACAUUACAUUACAAUACCUGUGGGAAAAGAAGUAUCAGGUUCUUGUUUUCUAUCACUAUAAUGUAUGGAAUGAAUAUCCAUUCCUGUGGGCAGGAAAUAAGAUGCCAGCUCCGUGGGCCAACACAACAAAUGUACACAAAUUGCUUCAAUUUCUUGAGACAACUCUUGGAGAACGUGCUAAGCGGGGGACAUUUCAUGUGUCUCAGGCGAUUCUGACACCACAGGUUAAAACCAUUGUAAGGGGACUGAAAUCUGGAUUAAAGAAUACUCUAGUGCAUAGGAAUCUUCCAAUGAUACUGAACUGGGUGAAAAUGCAGAAACCAGGUUCCAUGGGUGUUAACAUCAUUACAUCAGACUUUGUUGAACUGGUUGACUUUGCAGAAACAGUUAUUGGACUAAACUAUUUGCUGCUUAAAAACAAAAAAGACAAAGAAAACAGCUAAGAAGCAAGUAGGAAUAUGUCAUUGCCAUGGGAUAAAUGAUACAUACGUGGGAAAAGAAUCACAUUCAAUGUCUGUGCUAUUUAUUAUCAUGUCUACCUCUUUCAUUUAUUUUUGGGUGAUUUACUAACAGAUGAAGACUCCGUUUUAAAAUUCUUGAUUUGUAACUCUAUUGAAAGACAAAAGCUCGGGGAUGGUGACAAGAUGGUCAGCUAGUAUAAUGUAAGACUCCUUGUCUUAAAUAGAAGAUGGAACGUCAGACAACUUGAGAAAAGCUUGGAGGUCACAUUCUAACCGUAUUUUCCAGUGUAUUCUAAAAUGGUCCACUAAGUAAAAGAUUCAUACGUAUGUUCAGUAAAAAGAUGUAAUGGUGUGUAAGUGGAUGUGUACUAUUAUAUAAACUGGUUAAAAGGGUAUUCCGGCCUUAUACAUCUUAUCCCCUAUUCAAAGAAUAGGAGAUAAGAUAAAUGAUCGGAGGGGUCCCGCUGUUGGGUCCCCCCACGAUCUCGGUGCAGCCCCGGCAUUCUGUGCCGGGUGCGGCCUCCGAGAUAUGAAGUCACGGCCACGCCACCUCGUGACGUCACACCACGCCCCCUCCAUUCAUGUCUAUGGGAGGGGGCGGGGGGACCCCUGCAAUCACAUAUCUUAUCCCUAUCCUUUGGAUAGGGGAUAACAUGUAAAAGGCUGGAAUACCCCUUUAACAAUAAGAUAAGGAUAACAUGCUGUCAAAUUCAGAAUUUUAUACUGUAUUAAUUUGGAAGGUUUACAGUUAUUAAAGUACUACUUGACAUUAGAGAAACUGUGUCACUACAACCUGCCAAUAAAUGCAUUAGGAAGUUUUUAAAAGCAUUGUAAGCACAGACCUUGGAGUCCCAAUGGGUCCAUACUUCGGACCUGAAACCAUCCCACCGGAUUCCAUAUUCAUCCCAAAAGCAAUUUCCUUUCCCAAUAUGAAAUUGUAUACAAUGCUAAAUGCUGCUGUUUCUUUUUUUUUACACCUACAGAUAAAAAAUCUGGUAUUAAAAACCUUUGCAUAAAAAACGAAGGCUUGUGAGGUACAUUAUAGGACUGUAUAUUAUGCAUCGUACCACCCAGAUCUGUAAUAGUGCCUUGUGUGCAUUAGGUUUCUGGUGUUACAGACAUAAUAACAAACAUAUAGGAGUCACAGUCUGUUAAUCGGGGUGUGUUACAAUACAAUCAUUACAAGGUUAAGUAAAGAUUAGAAGCAUGGUUGUCAGAUGAGUAAACUUUAUUAAACCUAUUAUACAUAACGUAAGGUCUUUACUGGCACCAAUGACUAUUGAGCUAUUAUGGAAUAGGCUUUGAAAACACCAAAGAAAACCAUGAUGCACAAAAUAGACAAGAAGAUCCUACACUAGGAGCUAGAGAAAAAUACGGUUGGGAAGCAAACAUGAAUUGAGCACUUACAGGUCCAUUAGAAGUCAAACUGAUCCAGUUUUGUUUCCCUCUGC